AUGGGCUGUUGUUUUCUGGGUUCUAUGUUGUCACUGUUAGUUCUAAUAUCGAAUCUGGGUUUUACGUUAACAAAUGGAUCAUCAUCUUUUUCCUUUUUAUCAUCAUCUUCAGCAGCAGCAAGGAAGUAUGUAUCAGCAAUAGGCGACCCAGGAAUGAAGAGUCCAAAUGCGAGAGUGGCAUUGGAAGCGUGGAAUUUCUGCAAUGAAGUUGGUUUUGAAGCUCCUAAAAUGGGCAGCCCUAGGUUGGCUGAUUGUGCUGAUUUGUACUGUCCACCCAUCUCUGAUUCUUUGGGUGCCAAACUUUUGGAUAAUAGGAGCAGGUGUGAAGUACAUCAUAAAGUGAAGAACUCUGACAACAGCUUAGGCGCUGGUGAUAAGUUUCCUAUAUCAGAUUUUGAAUCCUAUGAAGAUCCUGACUUAUUUGCUGUGCAAAAGGAGCUUUAUCUUGCUACACUAUGUGCAGUGAAAGAACCCCCAAAGCCAUGGCAGUUUUGGAUGAUUAUGCUCAAGAAUGGAAACUUUGAUAAAAACACUACUCUGUGUCCUGAAAAUGGCAAGAAAGUCAAAAAAAUAAUAACAGGCAGAAACUUUCCAUGUUUCGGUAAAGGAUGUAUGAAUCAACCACUUGUGUACCAUAACUACUCGCAGUUAGUUAUUUCUGGGGAAAAAAUGGUGUCUUUGACUGGAGGCUAUUUUGGGACGUAUGAACUUGAUGCUGACCUGAGCAAAGGUGUAGGAAACAUUUCUUUCUUUUCAGUCUUUUGGCAGAAGAAUUUAAGCACAGGGAGUUGGAUUUUCUCAAACAAACUGACAACAUCUGCUAAGUAUCCCUGGCUUAUGUUGUAUCUACGUUCAGAUGCUACUGAGGGAUUUAAUGGUGGCUAUCACUAUAAUGGAAGUGGUAUCAUGAGAAAGUUACCAGAAUCUCCAAACUUUAAAGUAAAGCUGACACUUAAUGUUACACGGGGAGGAGGGGGCAAUAGUCAAUUUUAUCUCCUUGAUAUAGGAAGCUGUUGGAAGAACAAUGGAGAUCCAUGUGAUGGUGAUGUUCUUACAGAUGUGACUCGAUACAGUGAAAUGAUAAUUAACCCAGCAACAUCAAGCUGGUGCCGCCCAGAUAACCAAGUUUCCUGCCCACCUUUUCAUGUUAGUCUGACUGGUGAAAAAAUAUAUAGGAAUGAGACAUCUCGAUUUCCAUAUUCUGCUUACCAUCUGUACUGCAGCCCAGGAAAUGCCAAGUAUCUGGAGAAGCCAUAUGAUAUCUGUGACCCAUAUAGCAAUCCUCAAGCUCAAGAAUUGGUGCAAAUUCUUCCACAUCAUGAAUGGGCCGUGCAUGGCUAUCCUGAGAAGCAAGGAGAUGGAUGGAUUGGGGACCCUAGGACUUGGGAGCUAGAUGUUGGGACCCUCUCUAGUCGUCUAUACUUCUACCAGGAUCCAGGAACAAAACCAGCACGGCGGGUAUGGUCUUCAAUUAAUGUUGGAACUGAAAUAUAUGUUAGCCGGACAGGGGAAACUGCUGAGUGGAGUGUAAGUGAUUUUGAUGUGCUAGUUCCCGAAGAUGUUACGACUUAUGCAUAA